CUCUCCAAAAGUAGAACCGCCCAGGCACACCUACCGGCUAGUCAGCACUAAUAAAGAAGGCACCAUCCUGCUGGCUUUCCUCUGCUCGCCCCUCCCAAAACGAGAAAAAAAAGUAGCAGCAGGGGGAGACUAGGAGGCCGUCCACACUCGACAGAGGAGAGAGAUGGCGAUGCGGAUGGCGGUGGCUGCGGCGGUGGCGGUGUUGUGCGUGCUGGCGCCCCCCGCGGCGGCGCAGACGUCGAGGACGCCGGACUGUGCGGCGAAGCUUUCGUCGUGUGCGCCGUACAUAAACACGACGGGGACGCCGCCGGACACCUGCUGCGGACCGAUCAAGGACGCCGUCGAGAACGACCUCAAGUGCCUCUGCGGGCUCUACGCCACGCCGGAGAUCUUCAAGGCCUUCAACAUCAACGUCACCCAGGCCCUCGGCGUCUCCAAGCGCUGCGGCCUCAGCGACACCACCGAAGCCUGCAAGAGUUCUCCAUCAGGUGGUGGCAGAAAUUCCGGUCAUCGCACUCUGUCAGUCGGUUUCCCAGGAUUGAUUAGCUUGUUCCUAGCUUUGUGGUCUGUAUUGGCAUAAGAUCCAUCACGCUAUUACUAGAUUACGUUUGUUUGAUCCCGCAAUAGAUGAUUUGCUGCAAUGUUCUGAGAUGGUGAUGCUAUGGCUGUGUAACGAUACAAUCAGCAUUUGUUUUGCUGUGUAUCCAUAUAGUCCGCCAGUAGAGUGAUGUGUCUGAACUAGAAUUUCUCAUUGGUUUCUUCAUUGUGCUGUAUUAAACUUAGAUAAUUACAUCAAA